ACUUUAUCGCUGAGUGGUUACAGCACAGAUACAACAAAGAAUUAAGUCUGUGUUUACAGUUUUUGUGCCCGUGAAGAAACAAGAUAUUUUUUAAAAACAUAUAUACAUAGACGAAAUUGUGGAUACUAUGAUAUGGGAUUGAUGCAUAAAAUCUAUAGAAUUAUUUUGUGAUAAAAACAUUAACUUUGAAUUAUUAAUUGCCAAGAUAUUUACAUUCUCCUAUUUCUGCAUAAUGAUUUCUUGCAUUAUAUUGAUGCACAAAAUUCCUCUAAACUCGAAACACUCCUGCGCCCUCAAAAACUUAUAUAAGAACAAUUUAUGUUAUUUCUCCUCUUAUUCAUAACUUAAAAAUGUCAUCAAUCAAAACAUAUGAACGUAUAUAGGCAUACAAAACAUAUUGAAUAUCACGUAUGUAUAUAUAAUGGUAUGUGCAUAUAUACAUACAUGUAUGCAAAAGUGAAUGCUGAUUUUGAUUGGUGGCUCUCGGAUAGCGAAGUGGGGCAGAUACGUACAUGUACAUACAACACACUUUGAUCACCGAUGUGUGUAACUUUGACUUUGAAUACACAUUGUAGCGGUUCAAUUAACCAUAAGAAGACAGUCUCAAUAACAUUAAGUAAAAAAGAACAUAUAAAGUAAUAUCGUCUUUAACUUUCCUAGAAAUUGAAACGAAAAUUAUUCGUACAAUUUACAUAGAUCUUUUACGUAGAUUAUACUUUAUCAUUCUAAUCAAGAUCUAUUUUGAUUGAAUCGAUUUUAAGUACACAGUACAUGUUCAAGUAAUACUGUAUUUCAUAAGCUAUAAAAUUUUCCAGUGCACAAUUCAACCAUACAAGAGCACUAUUGCGCUGUUUCCGCCGUUCCGUACAAAUGUUUACACCAACAGGUGAUAAAAGAAAAGCUGACCUAAAAAAUGGCACAGAUCCAUUAAGGGAAGAAUUCAAUCCCACUGAACAUCAACAUAUUCGAUAUAAUCCUCUGAAGGGAGAAUGGGUACUUGUAUCACCACACCGUAUGCAGAGACCAUGGGGAGGGCAAAUCGAGUUAGAUACAGAGGAAGACCUCCCAGAUUAUGACCCUAAUAAUCCUCUUUGUCCAGGCAAUAUCAGAGCCAGUGGACAGGUAACUCCAAUCUAUGAGAAUACGUAUUCAUUUAUCAAUGAUUUUCCUGCACUACUGGAUUCAGUUCCUAGCCCAACACAGUCAGAAGACGAAUUGUUUCAAAUGGACUCUGCCAGGGGCACAUGUAAAGUAAUGUGCUUCCAUCCAAAAUCUAAUGUAACAGUAGCCCUUAUGCAAGUUUGCGAAAUUAAGGAAGUGGUCAAACGAUGGAUUUUUGAGAUGCUUGAAUUGGGUGAGAAAUGGACUUGGGUACAAAUAUUUGAGAACCGUGGUGCUUUGAUGGGGUGCAGCAAUGCACAUCCUCAUUGUCAAAUUUGGGCCAGCUCUUUUUUACCAAAUGAAGCUAAAAUAAAAGAUAAAUAUCUGACUGAUUAUUAUAAUCGCAAUAAGAAACCACUUCUUAUUGAUUACGUACAGAAGGAGCUUCUAAAAAAAGAGCGAAUUGUAUUGGAAAAUCGAGAUUGGGUAGUUUUAGUACCAUUUUGGGCUAUAUGGCCAUACGAGACUAUGGUACUGCCCAAAAAGCAGGUUUCCAGGAUGCAGGAUUUAACGGAAAGUCAGCAAGAAACACUGGCAGUUGUUAUGAAAAGAUUAUGUACAAAAUAUGAUAAUUUAUUCAAUUGUCCUUUUCCUUACUCUAUGGGCUGGCAUGGUGCACCGACUGGUCCAUAUGUGAAACAAGAUUAUCCUUAUUGGACUUUUCAUGGCAUCUACUUACCUCCUUUGCUACGAUCCGCCACUAUAAAAAAACACAUGGUUGGUUAUGAACUUCUCGCACAGGUGCAGAGAGACUUAACACCAGAGCAAGCGGCGGAAAAAUUAAGGAGUUUAUCGGAUGUUCAUUACAAAUAUCCGGAAACGAGUUUAAGUAGUUGUGAGAUAGAAAAAUAUUCCAAUUAAAUUUAUUUUACAUAUGAUAAAUUUUUGUAGAUGUAUAUGUCUCUUAUAUAUACAUUAUUUACAAAAUUGCAUAUUGCUAAAUUAUGCACAUACGAUCUUUAUGAAUAAAAAGCAUAAUAAACACACUUAAACACA